GUGAUUAUGUAGAUGCAUUCGAGGGAGAUUCAAAGGGCGUCAGUGAAUCUGUUUGAGAAACAAACAUGUUGGAGUAUUUGUGUGGGUUCAGACUGUGGGACUGAUGGAAUCCGAUGUUUGUGUGUGUUAUUUAUUUCAUCAAGAGCGUCACAUGAUGAGGGUCCAGCAGGUGUUCAUGGACAGAUCUCACAUGUGGGUGUUUGUUCACUGCAUGGUCCAGAGAUUCUGCCUUUAUUUAAUUCUACCGAGUGACAUCAAGAUGAAAAUGCAUCCCAUAUAUACUUUUUUGAUUGAUAUGCAUGAUUAAAUAUGCUAAUUUACUGCUCAAAUGAUCCAUUUAUUCAGAAUCUUACAGUAUGUUUUAUGUGUCACAGGUUGUUUUAUGAGAAUGGCGGUCAGUACGGUGACACACAAAUGAAUGACUGUGUUUUUCCCAUCAUCCUCUGCUGAGACACACGGCUCUCAUCUGUCUCCACCUGUGCAGAAGCCGGAUUCAGAGGAACCGCCGGCCGAACCUUCAGCUCGAGACACCAAAGAGCAGACGGAGGAGACGGCAGAAACCCCGUCCUCAGACGUGUCCACCGUCACCUACAACCCCGCAAGCUCAAAUCACACAGAAACCCAUACUGAGAGUUCGGGCAUCGGGACGGAGAAAUCGUCCAGUCCUGAGAGCGAAUCCAACCCGCUCAGCUCCAGCAGCUCCAAUGAACAGGUCGUGCCCAACCUCCUGAAGGAAGCUUCAUCUGAAGGGUUGGACGAAUCGCAGACUCCGUGUCCGGAUGUUCAGUGUCCAGAUCCCGAUUCCUCCAGCGACAAGGAGGACACGCACGCGGUUCGACCUCCUCACCCCGAGUCCGGCGUGACCUCUGACCCUCUGAACGAGAUUCCCAAGGACCAGCCGGCUCUGUACGGCACUCUGAACGCUCACGGCGUCACGCUCCUGCACGGAUUACCCUUCCACCCGUCCUUUCCCUCCCGGACCUACUUACCUGAGAACUGCUACACGCUGCCGCUCCACCGAGACGGUUUCAUCCGCGGCGGCGGCGGCGCAUCCAAACCGGAGCAGGACGCCGUGCAUCACAUGAGGCCGACGCUGGACCUCACGGUGGAUGAGCACCUGGCACCACUGCCGCCGCACGCGUAUUUCCAGGACCUGUACCGCAUGCAGACGCUCGUCCCGCAGAAACGCGCCAGCAUGGUGAGCCUCGACACCAUCCGCAAGGAUCCGCGCUGGCGGGACCCGAACCUGCGGGAGGUCAUCUCCAUGCUGAGCCACCCCAUGGACCCGGUGAAGUCCAACGCAGCCGCGUACCUGCAGCACCUCUGCUACGAGAACGACACGGUCAAGCAGGACGUCCGGCAGCUGCGAGGGAUCCCCGUCCUGGUGGGGCUCCUGGAUCAUCCCAAACCAGAGGUCCACCGCAAGGCCUGCGGCGCGCUGAGGAACAUCUCCUUCGGCCGAGACAACUUCAACAAGGUGGCCAUCAAGAACUCGGACGGCAUUCCUGCGCUGCUGAGGCUCCUGAGGAGAACCGACGACGUGGAAGUCCGAGAACUCGUCACAGGAACGCUGUGGAAUCUCUCGUCCCAUGAGCCUCUGAAGAUGAUCGUCAUCAACCACGGCCUGCAGACGCUGACCGACGAGAUCAUUAUCCCUCACUCGGGUUUGAGAGGAGACCCGAAUGACCCGGCCCGACCCGGAGACCCGGAGUGGAACACAGUCUUCAAGAACACUUCAGGAUGCUUGAGGUUAGUUUUCCCUGAUGGACCACAAAGCAGGAUGAGGGAACGUGAGUUCGACGGAGUGGACGCUCUGCUGCACGCUCUAUUGGACGUGGACGCGCUCUAUUCUGCUGUCGCCAAGAGGGACAUAAAUAACAAAUCGGUGGAGAACUGCGUCUGUAUCUUGCGUAAUCUGUCGUAUCACGUGCAUAAGGAGGUUCCUGGAGCCGAGAAAUUCCACAUCCAAGCAGCCAAUCACAGCGCGAAACCAGGAGGACACCAUAAGAAGAAGGACGAGUCGGACUGCUUUGGAGGACGAACAACCAAAGAAGAAUGGUUCCAUCAGUGCAAGCGACACGGAGCCGGAGAGAAGAAGAGCGGCGGUGUGGAUCUGUCCAAGAGGAGUCUGCCGAUGAAAGGCCUGGAGCUUCUGUACCAGCCGGAGGUGGUCCGACUCUAUCUGUCACUCCUCAAACUGAGCCAGAAUCACAACACACUGGAGGCAGCGGCCGGAGCUCUGCAGAACCUGUCAGCUGGACACUGGGCCUGGUCCAAUUAUAUCCGAGCGACGGUGCGUAAGGAGAAGGGUCUGCCGGUGCUGGUGGAGCUGCUGCACUCGGAUGCAGAUAAAGUGGUGCGAGCGAUCGCCAUCGCGCUCAGAAACCUCGCCAUCGACCACAAGAACAAAGAUCUCAUCGGGAGUUACGCCAUGAGGGAUCUGGUCAGUAACCUGCCCUGCGGCCAGCAGCGACCCGCCAAGAACCUGGAGGGAGACACGGUGGUGGCCGUCCUGAACACUAUACUGGAGAUCGUCUCUGAGAACCUGGAGAAUGCCAGAUUCCUCAUCCAGGGACAGGGAGUCCAGAAACUGGUCUCAAUCAACAGAACCAGCCAAUCGGUGCGUGAGACCAAAGCCGCAUCACACAUCCUGCAGACGGUUUGGUCGUAUAAGGAUCUGCGACACAUGCUGUGUAAGGCCGGCUGGAACAAAACACACUUCAAGCCAGCCGUCUCCAGCCUGCCCAAAAAACAGAAGAACGCCAAACAAGGGAAUGAUGACAUCACACUGCCCUUAAUGGAGAAGAACCAAGAUGGAUACUGUACUGUCGAUCAGGCAGAGCGAGCAGGAGACGCUCCGUGUCACAUGAUCGAACGAGAAACUUUUCAGGUCAGCGUUACUAACUUUAUAAUGCAUAAUUUUAAGAGCAGCAGGCCUGCGGUUGGUUUAGUGGAGAGGACGCCGCAGCCGCUGGACUCGUGGGUCUGAUCCAGCUCACGGUUGGAGAUCCACUUUCAGAGCUGCGUUUAGACUGACAUUAUCAGCCUUCGGCACAAUUCACCACAGAAUCAAACGAGAGAAAUACAACAUAUCAUACCUGUUCAUGUCCACAACGAUGAGCUUUGUGAAAGAGAGCUGGAGGAAUCGUGUCUGAUCCGUCUGGAAGUGGAAUUUGACUCUUUGCUGCUUUGGCAAUCUUCACUGUUAAACUCAAGAUUAAUGAUGAUGUGACGAGUCAUUUAUUGAUUGUUGAACAUCUGAUCAUACAUCAUAUUACGAUCUUGUGUUGUUACUAUUGCUUAUUUUUGUUGAUGAGUCUCUAAAUUGUAUAAUAGUGUUCCAAUCACAGACAGUUUCAGCUCUGUAUCUAAAGUUUUAUGCAUAAAAUAAACAAUUAAGAAUAUUAAUAGGUUACUGGGACUGGAAAAGCAAAAUCUACUUAUUAUAGCUUAUAUCAGAGAAUAUAUCAGAGAUUUUAACGCAUUCAUACUGAAUUUGUUUCAUAACAUCAGUGAUUUAAUGGCUUGAAAAAUAAAAAUCUGAAUUUUA